CUUCAUUUAAUUAGUUUGACUCAGCUCUGAUCAGCAGCUUUGUUCCCAUUGAACUAUUCACUCACCCAUGCAGCAGAGGAAACCCAAAGCAGCAGAAGUUUUGUUGAACAGGAUCCAGGCUGACCCAGACCCGUGUUUUCUGUAAUCGCCCUUUCAUUCAACAAGUUUCUCGCCUGGUUGCAGCUACUGAUACCGGUGUUGUGGGAGAGUCUGCUCCCCUGUAAGAUAGUGCCUCCCAUAGUGCUGCUGUCCGCAUGUUGAGGCGUAGAAAAGUGAAUUUGAGAAAGUUUAAAGUUUGGGUCACUUAUAUCAUCUGAGAAGCCAGUUGGAUUGUUGGAGGUAACGAUUUUGGUCAGGAGGAGACUAACGGACUUUUUAAACAACACAAAUCGUAUCAUCACAUUUUCUACUUGCUCAGUGGGUUUGCUGAGUCGCGUUGAAUCCAGCUCAGUAUUCUUUGUGCCUGAUCGACAUACAGUGAAAACGGGAUUAACCCUCCUAUGUGGAAAGGUCUACGCUCUCUACUUCUAAGGUCUGCAGUAAACAACUUCUCUCCAUCCAAGUGUGUUCACCUGGUUCCUCGUCGUCCACUUGUCCUGUGCUCCAGACAUCUAGACCUGUUCUGUGAUGCUCUGAAGAUCAGUCUAAUUCUCAUUUUGGCAAGUCCAAGUCUCUUCCAUGGCUGCUCAUGUGUUAAAUCGUUAAUCACUCGGCGCCAAGCUGGACCCCAAGGCUUCGCCUCCCUGUACCGGCCUUUCUGCCUCAACCCCCAACCGAGGGUUACUAUUGGCCAGUGAAGAAGAGGAAGAAGAGGAGGAGUAUGUCAGUGGAGCUAGUCUACCGGGGUUCACGACAAACUACAAAGAUGCAGAGACCAUCACUGAUGUGUGUAACAGUACUGACCUGCCGGAGCUCGAGAUUAUCAGCCUACUGGAGGAACAACUGCCCGUCUACAAGCUGAGGGCCGACACCAUCUUCGGCUACGAGCAAGAUGAUUGGCUGCGCACGCCGCUGGUGGAGCCCGACUCUGCCCUCGACUUGACAACUGAGCAGAUAGAGGAGACCCUCAAAUACUUCUUGCUGUGUGCUGACAGAGUGGGCCAGAUGACGAAGACCUACAGUGACAUCGAUGCUGUCACUCGAUUGCUUGAAGAGAAAGAGCGUGACUUGGAGUUAGCUGCUCGCAUCGGCCAGUCACUGCUGAAGAAAAACAAAGCUCUCAGUGAGAGGAACGAGCUGCUGGAGGAGCAAGUAGAGCACAUACGAGAAGAGGUGUCUCAGGUACGUCAUGACUUGUCCAUGAAAGAUGAGCUUCUGCAGUUCUACACGAACGCUGCAGAGGAAAGUGAGGGGGAGUCGACCCCUCACACACCAGUACGUCCCAGUGAAACCAGUGUGUUGACUCCAGCUCUCUUCCCUCUGGACUCCCUGCAGAAGAAACUCAAAGAUUUGGAGGAAGAAAAUAAAUCUUUGAGAUCUGAGGCCAGUCAUUUGGAGACAGAAACCAUCUCCUAUGAGGAGAAAGAGCAGCAACUUGUCAAUGAUUGUGUCAAAGAACUUCGUAAUGCCAACCAGCAGGCUUGCUCUCUGGCUGAGGAGCUGGCCAGGAAGAGUGAAGACGCCUCCAGACAGCAGGAGGAGAUCACGCACCUCCUCUCCCAGAUCGUGGACCUCCAGAAGAAAGCGAAAGGGUAUGCUGUGGAGAAUGAGGAGCUGACUCAGCAUUUAGGCGCAGCCAAAGAUGCCCAGCGCCAACUCACUGCUGAGCUUCGAGAGUUGCAGGAUAAGUACGCAGAGUGUAUGGAGAUGCUCCAUGAGGCUCAGGAGGAGCUGAAGAACCUGAGAAAUAAAACUCUUCCUCUCAACACGUCUCGACGUUUCCACUCUCUGGGUCUGUUCCCAAUGGACUCUCUGGCAGCAGAAAUCGAGGGCACUAUGAGAAAGGAGCUUCAGAUGGAUGAUCCAGAUGUAGAAGAGCAGAGACUGCAACCAAAGAGAGUUUUCCAGACGGUGAAAAACCUGAACUUGAUGCGCCAGCAGCGAUCAUCACAGGCCCCCUCCCCCCUCAACAUCCCAGGUUCCAAUCAGACAUCCUGCCUCACCUCAGGGCGCUCCAGCAGGGUGGGCACACCAUACUCUAACUCCAUUUAUGGAAGUGAUUCAGGAAGUGGGAUCAUCUUGGACAACAAGACCGGCAGUAUCCUGGAGGGUCCAGAUGAUGGGUCAGAGGACUCUAACAAGCGCCCUCCUGGCACCCCAGGAACCCCUGGCAGCAGGGACCUGGAAGCAGCUCUUCGGCGUCUGUCCCUCCGCCGUGAUAACUACCUCUCUGAAAAACGUUUCUUCGAGGAGGAGAGGGAGAAAAAGCUGGCAUAUCUGGCCAAAGACGAGGAAAAAGGAGGGGAGGAGGGCAGCGGAGGCCCCGGGACCCCGACAGAGAGCCUCCUGUCGCUGUGCUCACAUCCCUCCCUUGGAAGCAUGUGGUCGGGAUACUCCUUCUCAGCCAGGUCCUACCUGCCGGACAAGCUGCAGAUAGUAAAGCCACUAGAAGGCUCUGCUACCCUCCACGCAUGGCAGCAGCUGGCUCAACCCCACAUGGGUGCUAUGCUGGAUGAUCGGCCUGGUGUGGUCACGAAGGGCUUCCGCACUUUGGCACAUGACCAGGAACAGGAAGAGAACUGGCAGCUCGACCAGCCAGAGGAGGACGAGGUGUCAUGUGACUCAUUUACUGGCUUGUCAGGAGAGAACUCUGCCUCUAUGGAUCUGCCUCUCUUUACCUCUUCUCCCUUUGUGUACUGCAACAAAAAUGGAGACUUUGAUGACAACAGCCCAUCAGAAGCAUUACAGGAAGAAAUGGGCCUGGCUAAAGAAGCGUUUCAAGUCAAAGAUGAACAUGUUGCAAAUUUGCCGCCUUCCUUCUCCAUCCCUUCUUCCUCUCCCCUCCCCUCCUCUGAGAUGAACGGGCACGUGGACCUUAAGGAGCUCCAGGCCCUACAGCCCACCACUGUGGACCACAUGCCUGUUAAUUUCCCAGGGAAGUGUAUGUCCCACACCAGCUCUACAUACACCUUCACCACCUGCAGGAUUCUCCAUCCCUCUGAUCAGCUGACCUCAGUGUCCUCGAGCUCAGCUCUCGCCUCCUGUCACAGCAGUGCUUGCGCUGCCCCAACCCCAACUCCCUCUCCUGUUCCCUUCUCUGCCCCUCAUACACCUUCCUACACCCCCUGCUGCACCCCUCGCCGCCUCUCCCUUUCUCUCUCUCUAGCUGAGUCCUCCACCAACCUAAGAGACUCCACCAAGACCACCAGCACUUCUUUGGGCCUGGUGCACCUCCUGCUGGAGCAUGGGAUAUCUGCCUCGGUGUAUGACCCCAGCAGCUGGGACCGAGGCUUGGAUACUAGUGGAACUUCAACACCUGUUGGAGGAGCACCAAUGCAGAAGAGCAGCUACCCACCAGAGGAGACAGAACUCAGACGUUUCGGGAAACGCCCAGAUACCCUCCUCCUCCUUGAGCCCUCCACUCCACCAAACUCUCCUCGUUCCAAACCGGCAUAUGCUGCCUCCACCUGCCCAGUUUUCCAGUUCAGUCCUAUAAAUGACGAGCCGCCUUUUUAUCAAACCUUCCUCGCCUCCAAGCCGGCUCGUACCAUCCUGAGGGAGGUGCUGGGGGAGGCAGAGAGGGAGCAAUCAGAUGAUGAAGGUCAAGCAGAUGCACUGAAGCUUCGGCUCGUGGACAAACUAAAAUGUUUCCGCACUCUCCCUCCGAAUGCUUCUUCUGUCACGUCUGGGACUUCACUCUUAGCCUCUUUUGGCUCUAGUGGACUCGGGAACAGCGCUCUGGGUGGGGGGCUUCCAGUCUUGAAUGCAGGACUGCGGAGGAAUCGAAGCUAUCCUGCCAUGGUGGGGGCAAGUAUGGCUAUGAAAGACCCAGGAGGUCCCCCCAGUACGGAAAUACUCAUACCACAUACGAUGCAAUCUCCACCAACCCAACAAGCAGGGCACGCGCAGGAAAUGAGCAAAAUACAGACAAAUCACACUCUGGUGAAAAAGGCCAUACACAUACCACAGACACUACAUGCCCUGGAAACAGUCACACCACAGACCAUAGUACAGAGACACACACAGCCAAACUGCAGACUGUGGCAUUCAACAAGCAGUGAUUUAGAAAGUGACAAUGAAACUGGAACAUAACGGGAGAUAUCCAGUGUGCUCGCCUCUGUUGAAACACGUCACACUGUCAUCUACAUACGACGUGAUAAUGCAUAUAUUCAAAUUACCAAAACACUGCAAGUACACAAACACUCCUCAGAUACAAUACACAGCUGAACAAUCCAGUCCUCCUGCAGACUCAACCAAACAGUCCUCUUUACUAUCAGUCCAUCCUCAGCCUGAUCAACAUGAAUGAAACGGUGGUGAAUAAACCACCAAUGGCUGACACUGUUACACUGUGUUAUACUCAUUUACUGUCAGACCAGACUGAUGAUAACAGAGUAUGUUGCCUUCCUCAGUGUCCAUUUUAAUUGUAUAUUGUACGAGUUGUAUAUGCAAUAUACCUAGUCAUUUAUGGUAAAAUAUUAAAAGCCCAAUCUGUUGAAGGUUCUGCAGAACUUUCAUGUAACCCCUUUUAUUUGUCUCAUUUCCCCUCUCAGCAUAAAUUAGUGCACUAAUGAAAAAUAGCAACAUAUUAAUACUAAAUUUACUGCAUUGGCCCAAACAUAUGAUGUUUUUUUCCCCCUCUGAUUAUUCAUAAACAAAUGAAGCAUUUAUAUACCAGGACAGCUGAGUAAUAUUUACUACAGUAGAUAUAAGCUGUGUCAUUGGUUGUUUGUACAUUUCUAAUAUGAUAAUCCAACCAGAAAAUUGAAAUAAAAAAGCUUUUAAUGGGAUGUUGGCAUAAUAAGAAUGUGUAAAAUGAUGUGUGCAUUAAGGGACUAUUUGAGGAAGAGAGAAUAUCUCUCACGUUGUAAAACUGAAGCUGAAUGAAAGCUUGCAAACAGACCUAAACUUAGCCGGGCUUCAGGCUUCACUGUGGCCUUUGUAUUAAGCCAAACAAUUUUCAAAAUCAACCAGCACGUGCUUAAUGCUGAUCCCCAAAAACGUUUUGUCUUAUCUCAGCAUCUAAUUGUUUAUUUUUAUUUAAAUAUCUGCUUCUAACCGGAUAUAUUUGAUUUACCUUUACAUCCAGGGGGAAAAUCUGAUCCUAUAUUUGGGCCACUGUUCAUUUUAAGCCUUUAAAGUGUUUUGUGUUUGCAUUGUACUGCACUGAAGAUAAUGGCAUUAGAGAUUAUUUUCCACUAAGAGCUCAUUAUUACCCCUUUAUUUCUGUAUGUGUGUUUCCCAUAUUUUCCCAAACAAACAGAAAAACAGAUUGUGGCUUUAAUAACGUGUCAUCCCGCUGUGACUUACUGUACUCAUGUGCCUAAAACAGCUAACUUACUGUAUCUCAUUGAGUAUGUUUUUAUAUAUUGGUUCUGUUUAAUUCUUUAUGAUUUGAAUGCAAUAGAGAGAGUUCAUGGGAGUGAUUGUGCAAACGAAUCUGAACCUGCUGAGGGUCCCCUCUCCACUCGCAUGCUGUUUGUGUCAGCAUGUCUGUAGAGAUGGGCUCUUUUUUUGAUGUGUGGGUGACGCAUACCCUUCAGUUUCAAUCCACAGGGUCAUGUAGCGCAUAGUAAGUAAUCCAGACCAUGUCCAGAUACACACACAUCUGUUGAAACACUGUGACUACAGAAAACAAGAGGCAGGCCUUCAACAACACGCACCUUGUUUGUGUCAGUCUUCACACUUUGAAGCAUGUCUGUUCUGUUCUUUCUGUAAUGUCUGUGUAGGAGAAGUCAGAGGGAGCGACAAAUGGAGAUGAUUUGAUUCAUUUGAAUUGAAGGCGUUACAUCUUACUCCAGCAAAAUGGAUCUGAAAGAUUAAAUUGAAGAUGUAAUGUCUGCCACAGGCUUUCACUCAAAACCAAAGUUAGACCCAAAUGAAGAGUAGCAGGGACCAUAACAUAAAACUAAAGCAUGUCGCUGUGCAAGAUUUGUAGUUGUAGCUGACUCCAUGAAGUGUAUUUAUUCUAAGUAAUAACGUGUGGAUGAACAAAGCUAAAGUAAGGGUUGUUUAACAUGUAUGUUGUGAAUGUAACUGUUGAAGGAGUGACUUGAAAAAUCCAUAUCUUGACAUUGGAAAGUUUGUUUUAACACUGACCAAGCUCCAGCUCCAGCCUUUAGGACGUUUAUCUGACAUCUUGUACACUGAGUGUAAAAGUAACUUGGAUGAAUUUGAAAAAGAGAGCGAGUAACACUUUAGCAGGUGAGAGGAGAUUUAAUUUGCCUAAUCUUAUGCAACAUUGUGAUCUCAUGCACUGUACUGGAUCUGGAUCUGGAUCUGGAUCUGGAUCUGGGCCAGUGACUGCUGGUCUGAAUGAAUGGAGAAACGGCUGGCUCUGCUGCUGGCAGUGGUUUGCUGAAAUGCUUUAUGAUGAAGGGGUUGAACUGGUGAUGUUAUCAAGUCAGCAGUUAAAGGAAUAGAUAUAUAUAUAUUUAUAAAUACUGAGAUUGUUAGAAGUCCACAUAUAACUGAAUGUCUAUUAUGUUUGUUUAAGUGAAGGACUCUUAGAGACUGAAUUUAUAUUUUGAAUUGUUACACUGAUGUUUUUUUUGGUUUCAUUGAAACAUUUCCAUUCACAACAACAGGUACAGAGUCAGCUGUCUGCAAGAUACAGUUUAUCCACCCUGCCAAUUAAUUAACAAUGCACAUCUGGGGAUAAAAACAAUCACAAUCAUUUACAGUAUUUAACAACGAAACCAAGUGCUAAACCGGAGGCCGCAUGGAGUGUGUGUGUUUGUGUGUUUGUGUGUUUGUGUGUUUGUGUGUGUGCUUAUUUUUCUGUCAGCUGAAUCAUCUGAAUGUAAGUUAUUGCAGUAAUCCUGCUGUAGGUUCAUAUAUUUAUGUACAAGAUGUUGAUUUAUCUGGAUCAGUUUGUGUUGACUACAGAAGGGAAACUAUGAUUACAUUGUAAAUGUAUGCAUCAUAUAGUCAUGCUAACUUUUUCUUAUUUUAAGGAGAAGCUGUAACAGUAGAACAUCAAACCAGGAGACUGCUGUUUAUUUUGAGGAAUGAGGGAAAAGAAACUUCUCUGUUCAGGGAUUGAAGUUCUAUUCUACAGAACAGGUUGGACUGUCAAUAAAAGAAAUACAUAAAGACUAA